CCCACAUGGCCAGUGUGGUCCUCGAAGUAAGCAUGCCUGCUCCGAAAAUUCAGCAGGAACCUAAAGACACAAUGAGUAAAGGAAAAAAGGAAACAGCGAAAAGAAAAAAUACAGAAGAGGAGGGUGACCAGAUGCCUAUAUUUGAUGGCAAGGAUGGCACUGCCAUUGCGGGAGAUGACGGCGACCUUUCAGACAGCGAGGAGAGCGUGUACUCUGGGCUUGAGGACUCUGGGUCUGACAGCGACGAUGUAGAUGAUGAGGAGGACGAAGAUGAUGAUGAGGAUGACCUGGAAGACGAGAAUGAUGAAGAUAUAUCGGUUGAGGGUUUGGAAAUUGACACAGACGACAACAAGAUCGAUGAUGGUGAAGCAGUAAACAACUCUGAGACUGGAGAGAAGUCUACCAAGACGCUGACGAAGAAAAAUAAGAAUAAGCGGGAGAAGACCACAAACAACGCUGAAGAAAAAGAGAAGGGUGAGAAGGUCAGCAGAGAUGGUGGACUGACUCUCCCUCGAUCAAAUGAGUAUGACGAGGACACAUCGGACGAGGAGGAUAUCCGCAAUACUGUUGGCAACAUCCCCAUGGAGUGGUACAAGGACUAUCCGCACAUUGGCUAUGACCUGGAUGGCAAGAAGAUCUUCAAGCCCAUCCGGAACAAGGAUGAGCUGGAUGAGUUUCUGGACAAGAUGGAGAAUCCUGAUUACUGGCGUACUGUACAUGACAAGACAACGGGCACAGAUAUUCGUCUCUCAGAUGAGCAGGUUGACCUGGUGCAUCGUCUUCAGAGGGGACAGUUUGGCGAUGUUAACUUCAAUGAGUAUGAGCCUUCCGUGGACUUUUUUACCAAUGAGGUCAUGAUUCACCCAGUGACCAACAGGCCGAUGGACAAGCGCAGUUUCAUCCCCUCUCUGCUCGACAAAGAAAAAGUGAGCAAGAUGGUCCACGCCAUCAAGAUGGGCUGGAUCAAGCCGCGCAAGCCCAAGGAUUCCACACCGCAGUACUAUGACCUGUGGGCCAAGGAGGACCCCAAUGCCAUCCUGGGGCGCCACAAGAUGCACGUACCAGCGCCCAAGAUGAGGCUGCCUGGGCACGAGGAGUCCUACAACCCUCCGCCCGAGUACCUGCUCUCAGAGGAGGAGAGGCUGGCAUGGGAGCAGCAGGAUGCUGAGGACAGGAAGUUGAAUUUCCUGCCGCAGAAGUACGAGUGCCUACGUGCUGUGCCCGCCUUCUCCCGCUUCAUCCACGAGCGCUUCGAGCGCUGCCUCGACCUCUACCUGUGCCCACGCCAGCGCAAAAUGAGGGUGAAUGUCAACCCAGAAGACCUCAUUCCCAAGCUGCCCAAACCCAAAGACCUGCAGCCGUUCCCCACUACACAGUCUCUGGUGUACCGUGGUCACACCAGCCUUGUGCGGUGCAUUAGCGUGUCCCCCACUGGACAGUGGCUUGUGUCAGGUUCGGACGAUGGUUCGGUGCGCUUCUGGGAGGUCAGCACGGCGCGCUGCAUGAAGACCAUUGAGGUGUCCGUUGCCGUGAAGAGCGUCGCCUGGAGCCCCAACCCGGCUGUCUGCCUGGUCGCCAUAGCAUUUAACGAGACGGUGGUGCUGCUGAAUCCAGGCCUGGGUGACCGCCUGAUCUCAAGUGCCACUGACCAGAUCAUCGCCCUCGAGGAGCCGGAGGAGGUCCGCGAGCAGCCUGUCCAGUGGGCCGCUGCCGAGGGCAAGGACCAGGAGCUGGGCUACCGCCUGCUCCUCACACACCCGAAGGCGGUCCGCCAGGUGACCUGGCACGGCAAGGGCGACUACCUGGCCACCGUCAUGCCCGACAACAACAGCAGCAUGCAGGUGCUGAUCCACCAGGUGAGCAAGCGGCGCACGCAGAACCCCUUCAGCCGCAACAAGGGCCAGGUGCAGUGCGUGGCCUUCCACCCGGUGCGGCCCUUCUUCUUCGUGGCCACCCAGCGCUACGUGCGCGUCUACAACCUCAUCAAGCAGGAGCUGUCCAAGAAGCUCGCGGCCAACUGCAAGUGGAUCUCCAGCAUAGCCAUCCACCCAGGAGGCGACAACGUGAUCUGUGGCAGCUACGACUCGCGGCUCACUUGGUUUGAUUUGGACUUGUCCACCAAGCCGUACAAAGUGCUCCGGCACCACAAGAAGGCCCUGAGAGGCGUGGCCUAUCAUAGGAGCUACCCCCUCUUCGCAUCAGCCUCGGACGACGGGAGUGUCAUCGUCUGCCACGGCAUGGUGUACAAUGAUCUGCUGCAGAACCCUCUCAUCGUUCCAGUGAAGGUUCUAAAGGGACACGCCAUCACUCAUGACCUGGGGGUCCUGGACGUGGCCUUUCACCCCACGCAGCCGUGGGUGUUCUCCUCGGGGGCCGAUGGCACCGUCCGCCUAUUCACCUGAACAUCUCCAUCGGCUCGAACCCUCACUGACCUGCAGUGACCUCUCGACGCCAUCGCCCCCACCCCAUUCUGUCAUCACACCCUGCAGCCCGUGACCUGAUCUCACCCAACGCCAGAAACUUCUCGGCCAAUCAUGAUUCGGGACCAGAAGCGCAGGAGGGAAAAUCAUCGAGUCAAUCACAGACUUGCAGACCCACGCACACAAACACAACACACACACACACACACACACAAUAUAUUUUCCCAAAACAUGAGACAGUUCAAGCACACCCGCUCAGUCAUGCACACGUUCUCUCUCUCUCUUUCUCUCUCUCUUUCUCUCUCUCUUUCUCUCUUGCUCUCGCUCUCUCGCCCUCACACACUGCAGGCUCCCCUCUGCCGAAACUGACACUGUAAAAUAAACAGGUUGGAUUUCAAACACCAAGCCAGAUUCUGGGAGCGGCGGGAGCAGGGGGAAAAGAGCCUGCUUCCGCCCUGCGCACCUCACAGCUGCCUCGCAGGCCAAUCAAGAUCCACCACUAAUCCUCCGACAGCCAGACAGUUUGUUCAAAAACAUCACACACACACACACACACACACACACACACACACACACUCAUAUUGCCAGACCAGGCCAAAGACAACAACAUUUGAGAAGAAAGCGAUUGUGAGCUUUACCAGACUGCUGUCCAGCAAAGUAAACCAGACAUUUAUGUUUCAUGUCCCCUCUCGAUGUUGAAUGACCGCCGCACACACACACACACACACACACAGUCAUUCACUCACUCUCUUAAUUCUUUGGCGCUACUGGUAUUCGUGACAAAUCACACCAGGCUGCGACGUUAUGUUUUUGUUUGCGUAACCCCGUCAGAAUUUGGAACCUCUACGUGCUAUCUUUUGAUGAUGAUUUUUUAAUUAAAUAUGGUGUUUCAUGAAA